AUGGUGGCAGGAGAGUUGAUUCUCCAGAAAAGGUUUGCUCCGUGGAAGAAGACAAGAAGGUCAGUUUCACAAUGAACAUACAAGCUGAAGGAACUGAAGUUUCCAUGAAGAGGUUAGUCGGCGACAUCAAGGCUUUCCUUACCGAGGAAAAGGAAAUCACAGAAUAUUCUCUGAAUGUCGAAGGCCAAAGAAUCCCUGGGCAACCCAACUCAGCAGAACAGCGGAUCCGAUUUACUCUGCAUAUAAAAGGGCAAGGGAUGGAAUCAGCUCUUAAGAGAUUACUGAAAAAGACCAAGUUUCUUGUCCUAGGCCAAAAGGAAUUCCGUAAUAUUUCAAUGAACAUAAAAGGCCCAGGAAUUAGUCCUUCCACCUACAGUUUAAUACAAGAGAUCAAUGUUUUCCUAAAAGAAGAACGUGGAGGGACCGAGGUUUCCCCCGAGGAAGAAGACAAGAAGGUCAGCUUCACACUGAACAUACAAGCUGAAGGAACUGAAGUUUCCACGAAGAGGUUAGUCGGCGACAUCAAGGCUUUCCUUACCGAGGAAAAGGAAAUCACAGAAUAUUCGCUGAAUGUAAGAGGCCAAGAAAUCCCUGGGCAACCCAACUCAGCAGAACAGCGGAUCCGAUUUACUCUGCAUAUAAAAGGGCAAGGGAUGGAAUCAGCUCUUAAGAGAUUAGUGAAAAAGACCAGGUUUCUUCUCCUAGCCCAAAAGGAAUUCCGAAAUAUUUCAAUGAACAUAAAAGGCCCAGGAAUUAGUCCUUCCACCUACAGUUUAAUACAAGAGAUCAAUGUUUUCCUAAAAGAAGAACGUGGAGGGACCGAGGUUUCCCCCGAGGAAGAAGACAAGAAGGUCAGCUUCACACUGAACAUACAAGCUGAAGGAACUGAAGUUUCCACGAAGAGGUUAGUCGGCGACAUCAAGGCUUUCCUUACCGAGGAAAAGGAAAUCACAGAAUAUUCGCUGAAUGUAAGAGGCCAAGAAAUCCCUGGGCAACCCAACUCAGCAGAACAGCGGAUCCGAUUUACUCUGCAUAUAAAAGGGCAAGGGAUGGAAUCAGCUCUUAAGAGAUUACUGAAAAUGACCAGGUUUCUUGUCCUGGUCCGAAAGGAAUUCCGUAAUAUUUCAAUGAACAUAAAAGGCCCAGGAAUUAGUCCUUCCACCCACAGUUUAAUUCAAGAGAUCAAUGUUUUCCUAAAAGAAGAACGUGGAGGGACUGAGGUUUACCCCGAGGAAGAAGACAAGAAUGUCAGCUUCACACUGAACAUACAAGCUGAAGGAACUGAAGAUUCCACGAAGAGGUUAGUCGGCGACAUCAAGGCUUUCCUUACCGAGGAAAAGGAAAUCACAGCAUAUUCGCUGAAUGUAAGAGGCCAAGGAAUCCCUGGGCAACCCAACUCAGCAGAACAGCGGAUCCGAUUUACUCUGCAUAUAAAAGGGCAAGGGAUGGAAUCAGCUCUUAAGAGAUUACUGAAAAUGACCAGGUUUCUUGUCCUGGUCCGAAAGGAAUUCCGUAAUAUUUCAAUGAACAUAAAAGGCCCAGGAAUUAGUCCUUCCACCCACAGUUUAAUUCAAGAGAUCAAUGUUUUCCUAAAAGAAGAACGUGGAGGGACUGAGGUUUACCCCGAGGAAGAAGACAAGAAUGUCAGCUUCACACUGAACAUACAAGCUGAAGGAACUGAAGAUUCCACGAAGAGGUUAGUCGGCGACAUCAAGGCUUUCCUUACCGAGGAAAAGGAAAUCACAGCAUAUUCGCUGAAUGUAAGAGGCCAAGGAAUCCCUGGGCAACCCAACUCAGCAGAACAGCGGAUCCGAUUUACUCUGCAUAUAAAAGGGCAAGGGAUGGAAUCAGCUCUUAAGAGAUUACUGAAAAAGACCAGGUUUCUUGUCCUAGGCCAAAAGGAAUUCCGUAAUAUUUCAAUGAACAUACAAGGCCCAGGAAUUAGUCCUUCCACCUACAGUUUAAUUCAAGAGAUCAAUGUUUUCCUAAAAGAAAAACGUGGAGGGACUGAGGUUUCCCCCGAGGAAGAAGACAAGAAUGUCAGCUUCACACUGAACAUACAAGCUGAAGGAACUGAAGAUUCCACGAAGAGGUUAGUCGGCGACAUCAAGGCUUUCCUUACCGAGGAAAAGGAAAUCACAGCAUAUUCGCUGAAUGUAAGAGGCCAAGGAAUCCCUGGGCAACCCAACUCAGCAGAACAGCGGAUCCGAUUUACUCUGCAUAUAAAAGGGCAAGGGAUGGAAUCAGCUCUUAAGAGGUUACUCGAAAAGAUUAGGUUUCUUGUCCUAGCCCAAAAGGAAUUGCGAAAUAUUUCAAUGAACAUAAAAGGCCCAGAAAUUAGUCCUUCCACCUACAGUUUAAUACAAGAGAUCAAUGUUUUCCUAAAAGAAGAACGUGGAGGGACCGAGGUUUCCCCCGAGGAAGAAGACAAGAAGGUCAGCUUCACACUGAACAUACAAGCUGAAGGUACUGAAGUUUCCACGAAGAGGUUAGUCGGCGACAUCAAGGCUUUCCUUACCGAGGAAAAGGAAAUCACAGAAUAUUCUCUGAAUGUCGAAGGCCAAGGAAUUCCUCGGCAACCCAACUCAGCAGAACAGUGGAUCCCAUUUACUCUGCAUAUAAAAGGGCAAGGGAUGGAAUCAGCUCUUAAGAGAUUACUGAAAAUGACCAGGUUUCUUGUCCUGGUCCGAAAGGAAUUGCGUAAUAUUUCAAUGAACAUAAAAGGCCCAGGAAUUAGUCCUUCCACCUACAGUUUAAUACAAGAGAUCAAUGUUUUCCUAAAAGAAGAACGUGGAGGGACCGAGGUUUCCCCCGAGGAAGAAGACAAGAAGGUCAGCUUCACACUGAACAUACAAGCUGAAGGUACUGAAGUUUCCACGAAGAGGUUAGUCGGCGACAUCAAGGCUUUCCUUACCGAGGAAAAGGAAAUCACAGCAUAUUCGCUGAAUGUAAGAGGCCAAGGAAUCCCUGGGCAACCCAACUCAACAGAAGAGCGAAUCCGAUUUACUCUGCAUAUAAAAGGGCAAGGGAUGGAAUCAGCUCUUAAGAGGUUACUCGAAAAGACUAGGUUUCUUCUCCUAGCCCAAAAGGAAUUGCGAAAUAUUUCAAUGAACAUAAAAGGCCCAGAAAUUAGUCCUUCCACCUACAGUUUAAUACAAGAGAUCAAUGUUUUCCUAAAAGAAGAACGUGGAGGGACCGAGGUUUCCCCCGAGGAAGAAGACAAGAAGGUCAGCUUCACACUGAACAUACAAGCUGAAGGUACUGAAGUUUCCACGAAGAGGUUAGUCGGCGACAUCAAGGCUUUCCUUACCGAGGAAAAGGAAAUCACAGAAUAUUCUCUGAAUGUCGAAGGCCAAGGAAUUCCUCGGCAACCCAACUCAGCAGAACAGUGGAUCCCAUUUACUCUGCAUAUAAAAGGGCAAGGGAUGGAAUCAGCUCUUAAGAGGUUACUCGAAAAGACUAGGUUUCUUCUCCUAGCCCAAAAGGAAUUGCGUAAUAUUUCAAUGAACAUAAAAGGCCCAGAAAUUAGUCCUUCCACCAACAGUUUAAUACAAGAGAUCAAUGUUUUCCUAAAAGAAGAACGUGGAGGGACCGAGGUUUCCCCCGAGGAAGAAGACAAGAAGGUCAGCUUCACACUGAACAUACAAGCUGAAGGAACUGAAGUUUCCACGAAGAGGUUAGUCGGCGACAUCAAGGCUUUCCUUACCGAGGAAAAGGAAAUCACAGAAUAUUCGCUGAAUGUAAGAGGCCAAGAAAUCCCUGGGCAACCCAACUCAGCAGAACAGCGGAUCCGAUUUACUCUGCAUAUAAAAGGGCAAGGGAUGGAAUCAGCUCUUAAGAGAUUACUGAAAAUGACCAGGUUUCUUGUCCUGGUCCGAAAGGAAUUCCGUAAUAUUUCAAUGAACAUAAAAGGCCCAGGAAUUAGUCCUUCCACCCACAGUUUAAUUCAAGAGAUCAAUGUUUUCCUAAAAGAAGAACGUGGAGGGACUGAGGUUUACCCCGAGGAAGAAGACAAGAAUGUCAGCUUCACACUGAACAUACAAGCUGAAGGAACUGAAGAUUCCACGAAGAGGUUAGUCGGCGACAUCAAGGCUUUCCUUACCGAGGAAAAGGAAAUCACAGCAUAUUCGCUGAAUGUAAGAGGCCAAGGAAUCCCUGGGCAACCCAACUCAGCAGAACAGCGGAUCCGAUUUACUCUGCAUAUAAAAGGGCAAGGGAUGGAAUCAGCUCUUAAGAGAUUACUCGAAAAGAUUAGGUUUCUUGUCCUAGCCCAAAAGGAAUUGCGAAAUAUUUCAAUGAACAUAAAAGGCCCAGAAAUUAGUCCUUCCACCAACAGUUUAAUACAGGAGAUCAAUGUUUUCCUAAAAGAAGAACGUGGAGGGACGGAGGUUUCCCCCGAGGAAGAAGACAAGGAGGUCAGCUUCACACUGAAAAUACAAGCUGAAGGUACUGAAGUUUCCACGAAGAGGUUAGUCGGCGACAUCAAGGCUUUCCUUACCGAGGAAAAGGAAAUCAAAAAAUAUUCUCUGAAUGUCGAAGGCCAAGGAAUUCCUUGGCAACCCAACUCAGCAGAACAGCGGAUCCGAUUUACUCUGCAUAUAAAAGGGCAAGGGAUGGAAUCAGCUCUUAAGAGGUUACUCGAAAAGACUAGGUUUCUUCUCCUAGCCCAAAAGGAAUUGCGCAAUAUUUCAAUGAACAUAAAAGGCCCAGAAAUUAGUCCUUCCACCAACAGUUUAAUACAAGAGAUCAAUGUUUUCCUAAAAGAAGAACGUGGAGGGACUGAGGUUUCCCCCGAGGAAGAAGACAAGAAGGUCAGCUUCACACUGAACAUACAAGCUGAAGGAACUGAAGUUUCCACGAAGAGGUUAGUCGGUGACAUCAAGGCUUUCCUUACCGAGGAAAAGGAAAUCACAGCAUAUUCGCUGAAUGUAAGAGGCCAAGACAUCCCUGGGCAACCCAACUCAGCAGAACAGCGGAUCCGAUUUACUCUGCAUAUAAAAGGGCAAGGGAUGGAAUCAGCUCUUAAGAGGUUACUCGAAAAGACUAGGUUUCUUGUCCUAGCCCAAAAGGAAUUCAGAACUAUUUCAAUGAACAUAAAAGGCCCAGGAAUUAGUCCUUCCACCUACAGUUUAAUACAAGAGAUCAAUGUUUUCCUAAAAGAAGAACGUGGAGGGACCGAGGUUUCCCCCGAGGAAGAAGACAAGAAGGUCAGCUUCACACUGAACAUACAAGCUGAAGGUACUGAAGUUUCCACGAAGAGGUUAGUCGGCGACAUCAAGGCUUUCCUUACCGAGGAAAAGGAAAUCACAAAAUAUUCUCUGAAUGUCGAAGGCCAAGGAAUCCCUGGGCAACCCAACUCAGCAGAACAGCGGAUCCGAUUUACUCUGCAUAUAAAAGGGCAAGGGAUGGAAUCAGCUCUUAAGAGGUUACUCGAAAAGAUUAGGUUUCUUGUCCUAGCCCAAAAGGAAUUGCGAAAUAUUUCAAUGAACAUAAAGGCCCAGAAAUUAGUCCUUCCACCAACAGUUUAAUACAAGAGAUCAAUGUUUUCCUAAAAGAAGAACGUGGAGGGACCGAGGUUUCCCCCGAGGAAGAAGACAAGAAGGUCAGCUUCACACUGAACAUACAAGCUGAAGGUACUGAAGUUUCCACGAAGAGGUUAGUCGGCGACAUCAAGGCUUUCCUUACCGAGGAAAAGGAAAUCACAGAAUAUUCUCUGAAUUUCGAAGGCCAAGGCAUUCCUGGGCAACCCAACUCAGCAGAACAGCGGAUCCGAUUUACUCUGCAUCUAAAAGGGCAAGGGAUGGAAUCAGCUCUUAAGAGAUUACUGAAAAUGACCAGGUUUCUUGUCCUGGUCCAAAAGGAAAUGCGUAAUAUUUCAAUGAACAUAAAAGGCCCAGGAAUUAGUCCUUCCACCUACAGUUUAAUACAAGAGAUCAAUGUUUUCCUAAAAGAAGAACGUGGAGGGACCGAGGUUUCCCCCGAGGAAGAAGACAAGAAUGUCAGCUUCACACUGAACAUACAAGCUGAAGGAACUGAAGUUUCCACGAAGAGGUUAGUCGGCGACAUCAAGGCUUUCCUUACCGAGGAAAAGGAAAUCACAGAAUAUUCGCUGAAUGUAAGAGGCCAAGAAAUCCCUGGGCAACCCAACUCAGCAGAACAGCGGAUCCGAUUUACUCUGCAUAUAAAAGGGCAAGGGAUGGAAUCAGCUCUUAAGAGAUUACUCGAAAAUGACCAGGUUUCUUGUCCUGGUCCGAAAGGAAUUCCGUAAUAUUUCAAUGAACAUAAAAGGCCCAGGAAUUAGUCCUUCCACCCACAGUUUAAUUCAAGAGAUCAAUGUUUUCCUAAAAGAAGAACGUGGAGGGACUGAGGUUUACCCCGAGGAAGAAGACAAGAAUGUCAGCUUCACACUGAACAUACAAGCUGAAGGAACUGAAGAUUCCACGAAGAGGUUAGUCGGCGACAUCAAGGCUUUCCUUACCGAGGAAAAGGAAAUCACAGCAUAUUCGCUGAAUGUAAGAGGCCAAGGAAUCCCUGGGCAACCCAACUCAGCAGAACAGCGGAUCCGAUUUACUCUGCAUAUAAAAGGGCAAGGGAUGGAAUCAGCUCUUAAGAGAUUACUGAAAAAGACCAAGUUUCUUGUCCUAGGCCAAAAGGAAUUCCGUAAUAUUUCAAUGAACAUACAAGGCCCAGGAAUUAGUCCUUCCACCUACAGUUUAAUUCAAGAGAUCAAUGUUUUCCUAAAAGAAAAACGUGGAGGGACUGAGGUUUCCCCCGAGGAAGAAGACAAGAAUGUCAGCUUCACACUGAACAUACAAGCUGAAGGAACUGAAGAUUCCACGAAGAGGUUAGUCGGCGACAUCAAGGCUUUCCUUACCGAGGAAAAGGAAAUCACAGCAUAUUCGCUGAAUGUAAGAGGCCAAGGAAUCCCUGGGCAACCCAACUCAGCAGAACAGCGGAUCCGAUUUACUCUGCAUAUAAAAGGGCAAGGGAUGGAAUCAGCUCUUAAGAGAUUACUCGAAAAGACCAGGUUUCUUCUCCUAGCCCAAAAGGAAUUCCGAACUAUUUCAAUGAACAUAAAAGGCCCAGUAAUUAGUCCUUCCACCAACAGUUUAAUACAAGAGAUCAAUGUUUUCCUAAAAGAAGAACGUGGAGGGACCGAGGUUUCCCCCGAGGAAGAAGACAAGAAGGUCAGCUUCACACUGAACAUACAAGCUGAAGGUACUGAAGUUUCCACGAAGAGGUUAGUCGGCGACAUCAAGGCUUUCCUUACCGAGGAAAAGGAAAUCACAAAAUAUUCUCUGAAUGUCAAAGGCCAAGGAAUCCCUGAGCAACCCAACUCAGCAGAACAGCGGAUCCGAUUUACUCUGCAUAUAAAAGGGCAAGGGAUGGAAUCAGCUCUUAAGAGGUUACUCGAAAAGACUAGGUUUCUUCUCCUAGCCCAAAAGGAAUUCCGUAAUAUUUCAAUGAACAUAAAAGGCCCAGAAAUUAGUCCUUCCACCUACAGUUUAAUACAAGAGAUCAAUGUUUUCCUAAAAGAAGAACGUGGAGGGACCGAGGUUUCCCCCGAGGAAGAAGACAAGAAGGUCAGCUUCACACUGAACAUACAAGCUGAAGGUACUGAAGUUUCCACGAAGAGAUUAGUCGGCGACAUCAAGGCUUUCCUUACCGAGGAAAAGGAAAUCACAGCAUAUUCUCUGAAUGUCGAAGGCCAAGGAAUCCCUGAGCAACCCAACUCAGCAGAACAGCGGAUCCGAUUUACUCUGCAUAUAAAAGGGCAAGGGAUGGAAUCAGCUCUUAAGAGGUUACUCGAAAAGACUAGGUUUCUUGUCCUAGCCCAAAAGGAAUUGCGUAAUAUUUCAAUGAACGUAAAAGGCCCAGAAAUUAGUCCUUCCACCAACAGUUUAAUACAAGAGAUCAAUGUUUUCCUAAAAGAAGAACGUGGAGGGACCGAGGUUUCCCCCGAGGAAGAAGACAAGAAGGUCAGCUUCACACUGAACAUACAAGCUGAAGGAACUGAAGUUUCCACGAAGAGGUUAGUCGGCGACAUCAAGGCUUUCCUUACCGAGGAAAAGGAAAUCACAGAAUAUUCGCUGAAUGUAAGAGGCCAAGAAAUCCCUGGGCAACCCAACUCAGCAGAACAGCGGAUCCGAUUUACUCUGCAUAUAAAAGGGCAAGGGAUGGAAUCAGCUCUUAAGAGAUUACUCGAAAAGACCAGGUUUCUUCUCCUAGCCCAAAAGGAAUUCCGAAAUAUUUCAAUGAACAUAAAAGGCCCAGGAAUUAGUCCUUCCACCUACAGUUUAAUUCAAGAGAUCAAUGUUUUCCUAAAAGAAAAACGUGGAGGGACUGAGGUUUCCCCCGAGGAAGAAGACAAGAAUGUCAGCUUCACACUGAACAUACAAGCUGAAGGAACUGAAGUUUCCACGAAGAGGUUAGUCGGCGACAUCAAGGCUUUCCUUACCGAGGAAAAGGAAAUCACAGCAUAUUCGCUGAAUGUAAGAGGCCAAGGAAUCCCUGGGCAACCCAACUCAGCAGAACAGCGGAUCCGAUUUACUCUGCAUAUAAAAGGGCAAGGGAUGGAAUCAGCUCUUAAGAGGUUACUCGAAAAGACUAGGUUUCUUGUCCUAGCCCAAAAGGAAUUCGAAAUAUUUCAAUGAACAUAAAAGGCCCAGGAAUUAGUCCUUCCACCUACAGUUUAAUACAAGAGAUCAAUGUUUUCCUAAAAGAAAAACGUGGAGGGACUGAGGUUUCCCCCGAGGAAGAAGACAAGAAUGUCAGCUUCACACUGAACAUACAAGCUGAAGGAACUGAAGAUUCCACGAAGAGGUUAGUCGGCGACAUCAAGGCUUUCCUUACCGAGGAAAAGGAAAUCACAGCAUAUUCGCUGAAUGUAAGAGGCCAAGGAAUCCCUGGGCAACCCAACUCAGCAGAACAGCGGAUCCGAUUUACUCUGCAUAUAAAAGGGCAAGGGAUGGAAUCAGCUCUUAAGAGAUUACUCGAAAAGACUAGGUUUCUUGUCCUAGCCCAAAAGGAAUUCCGAAAUAUUUCAAUGAACAUAAAAGGCCCAGGAAUUAGUCCUUCCACCUACAGUUUAAUACAAGAGAUCAAUGUUUUCCUAAAAGAAGAACGUGGAGGGACGGAGGUUUCCCCCGAGGAAGAGGACAAGAAGGUCAGCUUCACACUGAACAUACAAGCUGAAGGUACUGAAGUUUCCACGAAGAGGUUAGUCGGCGACAUCAAGGCUUUCCUUACCGAGGAAAAGGAAAUCACAAAAUAUUCUCUGAAUGUCGAAGGCCAAGGAAUUCCUGGGCAACCCAACUCAGCAGAACAGCGGAUCCGAUUUACUCUGCAUAUAAAAGGGCAAGGGAUGGAAUCAGCUCUUAAGAGAUUACUCGAAAAGACCAGGUUUCUUCUCCUAGCCCAAAAGGAAUUGCGAAAUAUUUCAAUGAACAUAAAAGGCCCAGGAAUUAGUCCUUCCACCAACAGUUUAAUACAAGAGAUCAAUGUUUUCCUAAAAGAAGAACGUGGAGGGACUGAGGUUUCCCCCGAGGAAGAAGACAAGAAGGUCAGCUUCACACUGAACAUACAAGCUGAAGGAACUGAAGUUUCCACGAAGAGGUUAGUCGGCGACAUCAAGGCUUUCCUUACCGAGGAAAAGGAAAUCACAGCAUAUUCGCUGAAUGUAAGAGGCCAAGAAAUCCCUGGGCAACCCAACUCAGCAGAACAGCAGAUCCGAUUUACUCUGCAUAUAAAAGGGCAAGGGAUGGAAUCAGCUCUUAAGAGGUUACUCGAAAAGACUAGGUUUCUUGUCCUAGCCCAAAAGGAAUUCCGAAAUAUUUCAAUGAACAUAAAAGGCCCAGGAAUUAGUCCUUCCACCUACAGUUUAAUACAAGAGAUCAAUGUUUUCCUAAAAGAAGAACGUGGAGGGACCGAGGUUUCCCCCGAGGAAGAAGACAAGAAGGUCAGCUUCACACUGAACAUACAAGCUGAAGGUACUGAAGUUUCCACGAAGAGGUUAGUCGGCGACAUCAAGGCUUUCCUUACCGAGGAAAAGGAAAUCACAAAAUAUUCGCUGAAUGUAAGAGGCCAAGGAAUCCCUGGGCAACCCAACUCAGCAGAACAGCGGAUCCGAUUUACUCUGCAUAUAAAAGGGCAAGGGAUGGAAUCAGCUCUUAAGAGGUUACUCGAAAAGACUAGGUUUCUUGUCCUAGCCCAAAAGGAAUUCCGAAAUAUUUCAAUGAACAUAAAAGGCCCAGAAAUUAGUCCUUCCACCAACAGUUUAAUACAAGAGAUCAAUGUUUUCCUAAAAGAAGAACGUGGAGGGACCGAGGUUUCCCCCGAGGAAGAAGACAAGAAGGUCAGCUUCACACUGAACAUACAAGCUGAAGGUACUGAAGUUUCCACGAAGAGGUUAGUCGGCGACAUCAAGGCUUUCCUUACCGAGGAAAAGGAAAUCACAGAAUAUUCUCUGAAUUUCGAAGGCCAAGGAAUUCCUCGGCAACCCAACUCAGCAGAACAGUAGAUCCGAUUUACUCUGCAUAUAAAAGGGCAAGGGAUGGAAUCAGCUCUUAAGAGAUUACUGAAAAUGACCAGGUUUCUUGUCCUAGCCCAAAAGGAAUUCCGAAAUAUUUCAAUGAACAUAAAAGGCCCAGGAAUUAGUCCUUCCACCUACAGUUUAAUACAAGAGAUCAAUGUUUUCCUAAAAGAAGAACGUGGAGGGACCGAGGUUUCCCCCGAGGAAGAAGACAAGAAGGUCAGCUUCACACUGAACAUACAAGCUGAAGGAACUGAAGUUUCCACGAAGAGGUUAGUCGGCGACAUCAAGGCUUUCCUUACCGAGGAAAAGGAAAUCACAGAAUAUUCGCUGAAUGUAAGAGGCCAAGGAAUCCCUGGGCAACCCAACUCAGCAGAACAGCGGAUCCGAUUUACUCUGCAUAUAAAAGGGCAAGGGAUGGAAUCAGCUCUUAAGAGAUUAAUCGAAAAUGACCAGGUUUCUUGUCCUGGUCCGAAAGGAAUUCCGUAAUAUUUCAAUGAACAUAAAAGGCCCAGGAAUUAGUCCUUCCACCCACAGUUUAAUUCAAGAGAUCAAUGUUUUCCUAAAAGAAGAACGUGGAGGGACUGAGGUUUCCCCCGAGGAAGAAGACAAGAAUGUCAGCUUCACACUGAACAUACAAGCUGAAGGAACUGAAGAUUCCACGAAGAGGUUAGUCGGCGACAUCAAGGCUUUCCUUACCGAGGAAAAGGAAAUCACAGCAUAUUCGCUGAAUGUAAGAGGCCAAGGAAUCCCUGGGCAACCCAACUCAGCAGAACAGCGGAUCCGAUUUACUCUGCAUAUAAAAGGGCAAGGGAUGGAAUCAGCUCUUAAGAGAUUACUCGAAAAGACCAGGUUUCUUGUCCUAGCCCAAAAGGAAUUCCGAAAUAUUUCAAUGAACAUAAAAGGCCCAGGAAUUAGUCCUUCCACCUACAGUUUAAUUCAAGAGAUCAAUGUUUUCCUAAAAGAAAAACGUGGAGGGACUGAGGUUUCCCCCGAGGAAGAAGACAAGAAUGUCAGCUUCACACUGAACAUACAAGCUGAAGGAACUGAAGAUUCCACGAAGAGGUUAGUCGGCGACAUCAAGGCUUUCCUUACCGAGGAAAAGGAAAUCACAGCAUAUUCGCUGAAUGUAAGAGGCCAAGGAAUCCCUGGGCAACCCAACUCAGCAGAACAGCGGAUCCGAUUUACUCUGCAUAUAAAAGGGCAAGGGAUGGAAUCAGCUCUUAAGAGGUUACUCGAAAAGACUAGGUUUCUUCUCCUAGCCCAAAAGGAUUUCGAAAUAUAUAAAUGA